GCAUUGGGUACCAAAAGGGUGCUUGAUACUGAGAACCCUUUGAUCGGUUUUAGUUAUUUCUAACGUCGCUAUAUUCAUUGAAGAAGUGAUAGACAAGGGGACUAAACGAUACGAAUACUGGACUCUUAGAUAGAAAGCACAUUCCCAUUUUUAAUCCCAGGACCCUCGCAAUGAUGACGAGCCUGUCUGCCGUGAACGUAGGGAAGCUUGUGUGUGACUCUUUUGGGAAGUUAUUGAGUAAAAACCUUGACAUCAAACCCAUUGUCCAAACGCACGAGAUCGUAUCGCAGAGUAUGCAAACGGUGGAUCCAUCCAUGGCGUUGUAUGUUUUUGGUUCAACAGCGGUCUACGGCUUUCAUGAAAGCGGUUGUGAUGUCGACUUCGUCGCUCUCAACCAGAAGGAUGUGUCGGAUGGCAAAGCUGCUGAUCCGUCGUCCGAGAUCGCCAAGGGCCUUCAGGUGGAUUUUCUAAGUCGCCUCGAGGCCUCCCUGCGAGAGAUGCAUAACCUAGCGUGGAAGAUGGAUCUGGUGCGGCGAACGCGAGUGCCGGUUUUACGGGUAAAAGGCGACCCAUGUGGGAUUGAUUUCGACGUCACAGCAAGGCGGCGAAAUGGGGUACGCAAUAGUGCCUUGUUGUCUGCGUACUUCAAGCAGAAACCCGAGACUCGCUGGCUGAGUAUGGCGAUUAAACAAUGGAGCAAGCGCGCGGGCUUCAAUAUGAGCGUGGAUGGCGGGUGUCUUACUUCUUAUGGAUGCAAUUUGAUGGUGGUAUAUUAUCUUUUACAGCGUCAGCUGGUGAAGUUUGUGGACCCGGAGAGAUGUGAUGUGGCACACAUUCCUUCGCUGCCUUCGUACCUUCCGCUAGAGCAUCCCGCACAGAAUGGCAGCGAGCUCGGGGACAUGGUGCUGGAUUUUCUAAAUUAUUAUCUUCACGAAUUCAACCCAGAGACCGAGGUUAUUAGCUUAAGCCGGGCAGAUAAGACAACUAAGGAAAUGAUAUACUGGACAAAACAGGCGGAGGACAUGGCACGUAUUUCUGGAGAGAAGGUAAGCUACCGCUGGUGUAUUGAGGACCCGUUUGAACACAAUUUAAAUGUAGGUCGCUAUGUGACUCCAUUUAAACUGACACUACUGAGGAAGCAUAUGGAGAGAGCUAAGGAGACAGCGCUACUUCUAAGCAUAUCGUAACUUUUUUAAAAAGUGAAGCCCUUUGAUGCAAAAAGGGAAAAUCAUAAAUUAAUAAAGAGUAUGCUAUCUUGAAAAUUUAGUUAAGAGAGAUAUCGUAUUAAAUAGGGCUUUGACUUUUCCCUCUUUUGAGUCUUCUGACAUUAUUAUUUUCACCCUGUAUAAAUUGAAGGAGGGAGAAAACCAACUGUAUUCUUCACACACAUAUAAAACUGUUAUUUUCUUCCUCACAAUAAAUUUUCCUUCUUUUCUGUGGGAUGUACCCUAUAUUAUUCAGGAA